CUGAGUAUUGCUGCAUACUCUAUUUGCUGUCUGUUUAUUUUUGGUUUUAUUUUGGAACCGGGAAAAUGUCUGAUCAGGGGGCUCAGCAGCAAGUGGUGAUGAAGGUGGAAGGUGAACAGCCUUCAACCUCCACUCCUCCUCCUCCACCUCUGACUGCUACUCAACGGUUGAAGGAGCUGGAAGAACAGUUGCGGCAGCAACAGGCCAGACUUGCAGAAGUGGAACAGCAGGAGGCAACUGAGCUAGAAGCUGCAACAGAUCAUUCCAGAAGGGAAUAUUUGUUGCAGCAGCUAGACAAAGCGCGCACAGAUGAUCGUUGAGACCAAAGAGGUCCCAAGAUCCCUGCUCCCAACAAGUUCAGGGGCGAUGACCCCAAGACUGAUGUUGGGGACUGGGCUGCUGGGACCAUAGCCUACUUGAGGGGCUUUGUCUGUGCAGAACAGACCAAGGUGGCGACUGUUCUGGGACUGCUGGAAGGGCCUGCGCUGAAGUGGGCCACCUCAACUUCCAGCAGCUUGCAGCAGUCCAUGGAGGACUGGGCUUUUGGGCUUGGGGUAGACAAGCUUCUGCAGGCCCUGGAGGACCGAUUUGCAGACAAGGAGCAGACCCGCAAGGCUGCUGACAGGACUGCUCGCCUGGGACAGCAGCGGUACAGUGGCACCCUGCAGGCCUUGUUUGCUGAGUUCGAGCAGCUUACCUCCACCCCUGGGUUGGUCAUGUCUUCUGAUGAUUUGCUGACCAACUUCUGCAGGGCAGCGCCUGAGAAGUUUGUUGUUGCAUUGUACAGCGCUGGGCACAAGGACUGGAGGUCCUUUGGCCGUGCAGCCCUGGAAAUGGAGGCCAAGCUCCAUGUCCAGGCCCCAUCCUCUGAUAGGAGGAAAGGUGCCUUCCCCAGAGGUGGCAGAAGGGAAAGGCAGCCUUCACUCAUGCGGGAUCUGCGUCAGGAUCAGAUUCAAAUUCCCAACCUAAUGCACCUUCAGGUAGGUGAAUCUGCAGCUGUUUCAGUUGAGACUGCAUGUGCUAAUGUUUGGUUGGGGACUGCAUGGGCAGCAUCCUUCUGCUAUGAGGAUCCUGACCCGGAUCAGGACCCGGGGCAGGAUGAGCUUCAGUCCCUUGCUGCCUUCUUCUUUCAUCUCAAGGAACAGAAGAAGUGCAAGACUGAUCUCAUCAUGCUUCGGCCACCGAUCAACAGCACCAGGAUCACUGGGCUGUUGGACUGUGGGGUCACCAAGAACUUCAUGUCUCCCAGUGCAGUUAAAAAGUUGCACCUGGGCAUGAAAGUUCAGCAGCUGCAGCAACCUAUGCUGGUGCGGAUUGGUGACUCUACAGUGCUCAGCAUCAGGGAGAAGGUCAAGGGUAUCCCUGUGACCUUCGAUACUGCUGGAAAAGUCAGACACAGUCUGAACUUUUACAUUUUCCCUGAGCUGCCUUUUGACUUGGUGUUCUCCAUGCAGUGGUUGACUGCAGUCAACCCUAGGAUCGACUGGCAGAUUCCUAGAGUUGAACUACUAGACAGCCAGGGGGUGUAUCAGCCAUGCAUGAUUGUUGUUGAUCACCACCCUAAGACUUCCUGCUACUGCCUGAGAGCAAGGGAGUUUCAUGCUCUCUCACGGCAGUACCAUCAUGAGCGUCUGUUCAUUGCUUUGGUCAAGCAAACAGAUGCUCCCCCUGUUUCCUGUCCUCUUGAGAUACAGCAGGUGGUAGAUCAGUAUGCUGAUCUGAUGCAGGAGCCCUUUGGACCCAGCACUUCUGAAUUCGGUGCACCUGUUCUCUUUGUGCCCAAAGGGAACGGCGAGUUCAGAAUGUGCAUUGACUACAGGGGUCUCAAUAAGAUCACUAGGAAGAGUAUUGAGCCACUUCCUAGGAUCGAUCACCUCCUGGACAUGGUGCAGGGCUGCACAGUGUUCAGCAAAGUCGACCUCAAAUCUGGCUACCAUCAUAUUGAGAUGGCAGAGGAGGAUGUCUAUAAGACAACCUUCAAGACCAGGUAUGGGACUUACGAGUUCUUGGUCAUGCCAUUUGGACUUUGCAACGCCCCAGACACCUUCCAGACAGAGAUGCAUCGCAUCUUCAGGCCUUACCUGGACAAGUUUAUGUUUGUCUACCUGGAUGAUAUCCUGGUAUUCAGCCGGACUUCCAGGGAACAUGCGGAGCACUUGGCUCUCGUUCUUCAGUCGUUACGUGACAGUCAGUAUAAGAUCAACAGAGAGAAGUCCUCUUUUGGAGUUCCCUCUGUCAUCUAUCUGCGUUAUGUAAUCUCUGGAGAUGGUCUGGUUCCUGAAGCAGCCAAGAUUGCUGCUAUUCAGGAGUGGCCUCAGCCUCAGACAGUGAGGGAUGUCAGGUCCUUCAUGGUAUUAGCCUCCUACUACAGAAAGUUUGUCAAGAACUUUUCUGCAGUGGCUGCACCCCUGACUAACCUAACAAAGAAGGACACUCCCUUUCUUUGGUCCCUCCACUGUCAGUUGGCCUUCACACGACUCAAGAAGGCCUUGACUCGUGCGCCUGUACUGAAGUUACCUGACCCCACUUUGCCAUUCAUCCUGACCACUGACGCCAGUCAGUAUGGCAUUGGGGCAGUUCUUCAGCAGGAUGAUGGGAAUGGUCCACGGCCUGUAGAGUUUAUGAGUAAGAAGAUCAAGACCCAAAAGCUCCAGGACUCCACCUACGAGAAAGAGCUAAAUGCUCUUGUCUGUGCCCUGAAACAUUGGAAACACUUUCUCCUGGGCAGGCACUUCAAGAUCUUUUCAGAUCACUCCACCCUCCAGUGGAUGAAGUCCCAGGGAGAGUUGAAUGAUAAAUUGGCACGGUACAUUCAGUUCAUUGACAUGUUUGACUUUGAACUGAAGCAUAAGAAGGGCUGCUACAAUAAGGUAGCAGAUGCCCUCUCUCGUAGGCCUGACUCUUUUGCGCUGAUCUCCUCUACUCACUCCUUUGGAGAGGAGACCCGUCAGACCAUCGCUCGUCUACUGCCUCGGGACGAGACUUUUGGACCCAUUGUCAGGAAUCUGCAAGCAGAUCCUAAUUCUGAACCAGGCUAUGCUCUGAGUUCAGACCUGCUGUACACUUGCAGCAAAGGUGAGGAGCGCUUGUGCAUUUCCCAAGACCAACGGCUCAGGACACUGCUGAUGUCAGAGUGUCAUGAUGCCCGUGGACAUUUCGGGUUCCUAAAGUCUUAUGCGGCCCUGUCGCAACGCUUCUUCUGGAAGGAGAUGUGGAGUGAUAUGCUGCGUUAUGUAGACACCUGUGAGCUCUGCCAAAGGAAUAAGGUCCAGCGUAGACCUCCUUUGGGACUGCUCAAACCCUUACCCAUACCUGAUGGCCCUGCUGAAUCUGUGUCGAUAGACUUCACAGAUUUAGGCAAGACCACCCCUCGUGGCAUGCGUCGGUUAUGGUCUGUGUGGACAGGUUCUCCAAAUACGCAGAUUUCAUCCCCUUGCCAAAGGUAGCUAGGGUACCAGCUGUGAGAGAAGCCUUCUCUGAGAGGUGGGUCACACACCAUGGACCGCCCACUUCUAUUGUCAGUGAUCGAGACCCCAGGUUUUGCAGCGAUGAGU